UUCCAAUCCGCCUUUCCCCCAGCCCCCUCGAGUCCGUUGCCGAAGCUAAGCAAAGCAAAGCAAACGCAGCGCAGAGCAGAGCAAAGGCGAACGCCGAGCGUGCUCCUUCAGCGUCUUCGUCCUCUCCCUCUCGCCUCCGUUGCUUCGCUCGGUUCCCUUGUCGGUCCUCCGCUUCCAUCGCAAGUACCUCGAGUUUAUUAGGAUUGGUGGAACUACUAAUUGCACUUCCAUAUUUAUGGAAAUUGUGGAAGUUGUGCAUGAUGAUUGCAAGGAUGGCAUGGUGAAAUGUGCCAUAGAAGAUGGGUGGGUGAAGCCAAGCAUGUACCAAAAUAACUUCACUUGUAAGCCUGUUCAGGAUGAAAUUCAUGGUGUACUUUUUCCUGCCUCAGAAGAUGAAGCAAUGGAGGUUGAGCAUUUACUUUUGGAGCCACAAAUUGAAAAAGAUUUAAGCAACAAUAUCAUGCUUAUGGGCUCAGAGCAUUCUAAAGAGUGCCUAGCUAUCGAAGAUUUUACAUUUGCAGUUGAUUACACAGAUUGUAAAGCAGAUUUUGGAAAAAAUUAUUCUGAUGCUGCACUGAUUCAGAAACAUGAGUUUGUUGAUAGCAUGCUCCAGGGAGUUAAUGAAGGGAAUCUUCAUGGACAAAGCAAUUUCUGCAGCAUCUGUCCUGAACUUUUUUGGGAUAAUGACUGUGCAGAAAGCCUUCAGGUUAAAUGUGCUUCCCAGUACACAUCAUGUAUUAGAAAUUUCAGAUCAGAUUUGCAAACCAAAAGCAUUGGAAUACAUAGUGAUGCUGGAGAAUUCUCAGACUUGUCAAAUGCUCUUAAUUCUCCAUAUGAUGCUGCUACGCCUGCUCGAGAUGCAUUUUUGUUCGAUGAUGUAAGCACCGAUCAACUUCCUGAUGUGUUCAGAAGCACUUUGGGAUGGGGUACAUCAGUGGAGGACAAGCAGUCUCUGGAGCAUCAUAUACUCUUUGAAUUGCAGAACCUGACUGAAAUUAACAAAUUUUCCAGUCCCUCGCAAUGCAGUUCUAUGCCAAAUGAGAUUGAUGAUGAAACAAUAUGGAUACCAAAAAAUCUUUUUGAAGAAGUGUCUAGUCCAUUCGGAAGUAUAUUUGAUACCACCAAACUGGUGGUUGGAAUAGGUGCUGAGAAGCCAGUGCAGUGUGGUAGGGAUGUUCGAGUGGGAAAUUUUUCUGAGGCACACAAGACUCAUUUGGGAGAUGAAGACAGUGCAGUUAUAACAAAUAAGAGAUUACGCAAACCUACUCGAAGAUAUAUUGAAGAAACAUCAGAUUUGAAAUCCAGAUGCUGCAGAGAAACUAGAGGUUUAGUUAUUCAGAAACAAAGAGGUCUGCAUGCCUCCAGAGUUCAGCGUCGGAAAAAUGCCGCAGUUAUGGUGAGAUAUCCUUUCCAUGAAGUGGGAAAUGAGACUAUAAUAAGCGAGGAUGAAUUCUUAACUGCCGAUGAAUCUAGAGCAACAUAUGCUUUAAGGUUUCCAAAGUCUGAGUUACGAAAUAAUGCAUCAGAAGACUGGACCAGAACAGUUAGAAAUGAGAAAAGUGGGAUUAGAAGGAAACAUCAUAGACUUUGGACACUUCCAGAAGUGAUGAAGCUCAUUGAAGGUGUCUCCCAUUAUGGAGUUGGCAGAUGGACUGAUAUCAAGAGGCUCUUAUUCGCAACAUCUGCUUUCCGCACAUCUGUGGAUCUCAAGGAUAAAUGGAGAAACCUUUUGAGAGCUAGUGCUGCUCAGUUACAUGACAGAAAGCAGGUUGGGCCACACAAGAAACAUGUGACACUCCCCAUACCACAAUAUGUUAUGCGACGCAUUAGGGAGUUAUCUGCCAUUCAUCCGUACCCAAGGGAGCGAAAGCCAAGAGCACAGCUGAUUUCAAGCAAUCCAGUCUUCAGCCGCAGCAAUGACAAUUCCAGUAGCGGCGGCGACGAUGAACUCACAGAAGAAACAUAGUCUCACAUAGCAGAGACACUAAGUGGCUGUCUCUUUUUUGUUUCUUGCUUACCGAAAAUUUACCUUCACUUUCAACAUAAUACAUAUUGCCAACUUUGUACAAGUAAUGUUCUUCAAUCGAUCGGAGUGCAAUGGGAAUAGAAAUGCUCCUCAAAAUUGGUGGAGGAGACCGAGGGUUUCGGUUUUCUUUUA